AUGUCUAACAUUGACGAUAUUCUUUUGGGUAUUUCCGAAUCUUUAAAACAACUUCAAAAAGCUUCUCAAGAGAAACCAAUUGAACAAACUCAACCAGUUCAAAUUCAAAACUUGGAGGUCAAUUCUACCAAAAAAUUCACAGAUGAUUAUUAUAGUAAAAUUGCCGAUGAUUAUAUUGAAUUCACCUAUAAAAACCCAACCAUCUAUCACGUUGUUAAUUUUUUCAAAAGUCAACUUGAACUGAAAGGUUUUACUUAUCUCCCAGAAAGUAAAUCUUGGGCCGAUUUGAAAGCAGGUAAAUAUUUCACCACUAGAAAUGGUUCAUCACUUGCCGCAUUUGUUGUUGGUAAGGAUUGGCAAGCUUCAAAAGGGGUUGGUGCCAUUGGGUCCCAUAUUGAUUCUCUUACCACUGUUUUGAAACCAAAUUCUACAAAGGCUAAAGUUGAUGGUUAUGAAUUAUUAGGUGUUGCUCCUUAUGCUGGGACAUUAGGUAGUGUUUGGUGGGAUAGAGAUUUAGGAAUUGGUGGUAGAUUAUUAGUUAAAGAUGGUAAGGGUAAAGUCAGUCAACAUUUGGUGGAUUCAACCCCACAUCCAAUUGCUCAUAUUCCUACUCUUGCCCCACAUUUUGGUGCUCCAGCUAAUGGACCUUUUAAUACUGAAACGCAAGCUGUACCAGUAGUUGGUUUCUCUGGUGAAAAUGAUAAAGAAGAAGAACAACCUACUGAAGAAGAAAAGAAUGCUCCAUUAUAUGGUAAACAUCCAUUGAAGUUGUUAAGAUAUAUUGCUAAACUUGCUAAUGUUUCAGUGGGUGAUAUUUUACAAUGGGAUUUACAACUUUAUGACGUUCAAAAGGGUACUAAAGGUGGGCUUAACAAAGAAUUUGUUUUUGCUCCAAGAGUUGACGAUAGAGUUUGUUCAUUUGCUGCUCUUAAUGCAUUGAUUGAUUCUACCGUGGACAACAAUUUGGCCGAGGAUUCUUUUUCAAUUGUUGGGUUGUUUGAUAAUGAAGAAAUUGGCUCUCUCACUAGACAAGGUGCUAGAGGUGGAUUAAUUGAAUUAGUUGUUGACAGAGUGUUGUCAUCUAAUUUCUAUAAUCCAGAAGUUCUUGAUAUUCAAGAAAGUUUGAGAUUGACUUAUGCUAAUUCUAUUGUUUUAUCUGCCGAUGUUAAUCAUUUAUUCAAUCCGAACUUCCCAGGUGUUUAUUUGGAACAUCAUAAACCAUUACCAAAUAUCGGUGUCACCUUAUCUUUGGAUCCUAAUGGUCAUAUGGCUACUGAUUCAAUCGGUCUUGCCUUGGCUGAAGAAUUGGCCAAAAAGAAUGGAGAUAAAGUCCAAUAUUUCCAAAUUAGAAACGAUUCAAGAUCAGGUGGUACUAUUGGUCCAGCAAUUUCCACUAGUACAGGUGCAAGAACUAUUGAUUUGGGUAUUCCUCAAUUGUCUAUGCAUUCUAUAAGAGCUACUCUUGGUAGUAAAGAUAUUGGAUUAGGUAUUAAAUUCUUCUAUGGUUUCUUUAAGAAUUGGAGAGAUGUCUAUGAUAAUUUUGCUGAUUUAUAG